ACACCUGCCGCGGCAGCUUCCGGUUUGCGAGCUGGUGUGGAGGAAGGUCGGCGACGCGGCCCCGGCCCGGCGUCAGUCAGUCAGUCACCGCCUUAGUCAGUCAGGGCAGGCAGGGCAGGGGAUCAGUGCACACACCCCCCAGGUCCGCAGUGGGAAAUGGAGGACUUCAAUUUACACUACAGGUUCCUUAACUGGAGAAGAAGAAUAAGAGAAAUCAGAGAAGUGCGGGCGGUGCAUUACCAAGAGAGAUACAAACGCAUUCUUGUUGAUGGAGAUAUAUUGAGUUACCACGGAAACUCUGAUGAAGUUGGUUGUUAUAUUGCCCCUCGUCCCCUGAAUAAAGAGAACAAUUAUUUUGAGGUAUGUAUAGUGGACACUGGUGUGAGAGGGACCAUUGCAGUGGGACUCGUGCCUCAGUAUUAUAAACUAGAUUACCAACCAGGGUGGCUGCCACAUUCUGUCGCUUAUCAUGCAGACGAUGGCAAGUUGUUUAAUGGAAAUGGAUUGGGUCAGCAGUUUGGACCAAAAUGCUUUACCGGUGACAGAAUAGGCUGUGGCAUAUACAUAGAAUCCUUUGACCGAGGAAUGGCAACAGUGUUUUUCACAAGAAACGGGAAAGAGAUUGGAUCUGUGGUUCUGGCGGUAUCUCCAGAUGGCCUAUUCCCAGCAGUUGGGAUGCACUCGCUGGGAGAAGAAGUCCGCAUUGAUCUACAGGCAGAGUGGGGACGAGACGAGGACGACAGUGUCAUGAUGGUUGACAGCCAUGAAGACGAGUGGGGCCGGUUACACGAUGUUAAAGUUUGCGGAACACUAUUAGAGUACGUUGGCAAAGGGAAGAGCAUUAUGGAUGUGGGUCUCGCUCAAGCAAGACAUGCGCUCAGCACCAGAAGCCAUUACUUUGAAGUAGAGAUCAUUGACCCCGGUGAAAAAUGCUACAUUGCCCUUGGUCUGGCCAGAAAGGACUACCCGAAAAAUCGACACCCGGGCUGGAGCCGAGGAUCGGUGGCAUAUCACGCAGACGAUGGGAAGAUUUUCCAAGGAAGUGGAGUGGGAGAUCCCUUCGGCCCUCGCUGCUACAAGGGUGACAUCAUGGGCUGUGGUAUCAUGUUCCCUCGAGAUUAUACAUUAGACAGUGAAGGUGACAGUGACGAGUGUAUCGAGGGGGCAGAGAUCAAACCCAAACAGCCUCCGCCGCAGCAGCAGCAGCAGCAGCAGCAAGUCAGGAACAUCAUGUACUUCAAUGGUGAAGACGAUGAAGAGGAAGGUGAAGACAUGGAAGCUGAAGAAGAGGGAACGAAAGUGAUGGUGUUUUUCACAAGGAACGGAAAGAUAAUCGGCAGGAAGGAGGCUGGGGUGCCCUUCGGAGGCUUCUACCCCACUAUCGGGAUGCUCAGCAGCGGGGAGAAGGUGAAGGUCGACCUGCAUCCGCUGAGUGGCUGAGUGGGGUGGGGCUGGGGGUGGGUGGGGGUGGCUUUGGGCUUAUGGGACACCCCCCCUCCACCUCGCAUGCACCACGUUUGUCUCCCAUCCUGGGGCCGCUCAGGGCCAGCCCACGCUCUGCACAGCUCCUGUACACCCACCAUCAGAGGAACUGCAACACUGUCACAGGGUUUGAACAAGUGUUUGGGUUCUGAUUUUCUUUCAGGGCGCACGCUGUGGUCCGUUUGACAUUCAGUCACUCCUGACACCCAAUGCCAAAGCUCUGGGCUUUUUGCAUUUCAUUUCCUUCUGCCCCAUCAUUCUGUCCCGGCAACGCUAACACGAGUCGUGUUCAAGCCCUGUUAAAAUUCAGUAUGAAUUAUUGGUUACCUUUAUUGCACACCCUCGAACCCGCACUUGGAAGAAAUAUUCUCGCGUGGGGGUUAAUGGGUAUUUAACGGCCAAAUCCUAAAAUGAUUUUAGUAUCUUUUCUCUGUGUUCUGGAGUCUGUAGCUGGUGUUAUGUGCGUGUGCGGUCGUGCGGUCGUUCGGUAAACUCACCAGUCCUGGGUGUUGGCUGAUCUCGUAAUGAGAGGAAAUGAAAUGUCAGGUUGUUAUCUGACACAGGAACCUGCAGAGAUCAUGGCUGUACCUGGAGCUGUGUACGGUGGUGGGGGGGGGUGGGUGGUGGUGGGGGUUUGGGAUUCUUUUAUAUACAAAGGUGGGUCAGAGGUAACGGGUAUUGAUGUGGCGAUAAUGGUUGAUAGGGGAUUUUAUCCGUAGGAGAUAUGUUUCCUGCACAAACGUUUGUUCCUGUACUGCCCUCAACCAUAUGAGUUGGUCUGUUUUUAGGUGCCCCCUUCCCCCCCCCCCCACACACCUGUCAAACACAAAGGGAAGUUGUGUUUGACCCACACAGACAUAUACAGACACACUGUACUUUCAUUAUUAUUAUUUUGCAGAAAGUCCCUUCCCCCCCCACCUCCGCCCCCCACCACUGUGGACUCUCCUCGUUUUGCAAACUAUCCCAAAGUUACAAAACUUCAAAGACAAUCUCCCUCGGUAUUCCGAUGCGGACAUGUGUAACCUUACAGUACCAAAGAGUAAGUGUGUCAUUGCAGUCUUAUUUUACACAGGGCCCACUCUCUGCCACUCUUAGGCUAUAUCUGGUCACUCAGUCCACGGCUGUUUGAGGGGACGCUGCUGUGCAUAAUAGGCUGCUAUAUUUCGCCCACAAAAUAUACAGUCACUACACUUCACAGCAUAUCCUGUGAAGCGCUUUAAGACGUCUCGAAGACGUGAUAAGGCGCUGUAUCAAAUGCAAGGAUUAUUAUUAUUCCUGCACAAAACAAUAACCUUUUCCAGCAACCCUGAAAGUUAACAGGUACCUGGGAACGUUGGUGAGUGGGUCCCUGUGUCAGUCCUGUGUGUCUGUCGUUCCUCUUUAUCCUGAGACAGUCUAGUCCCAGGUUCCUGCUUACCCAGUGCUCACUCCCAGGGCACCUGUACCUGGGAGGCGCUGAGUGAAGAAAGUAACGGUUGUUUGCAGUUAGGCUUUGACUACCUCACACAUAGAAAACAUUGACCUCGCCAGCCGGCCUCAACAGGAGGGGUCUGUUUACGAAUUGGGCCAAAAAAAUACUCAAAGCCACAAUUGUUUGCGUUUCGACGUUUCCUCGCAAUGUUUCAGUAAAAGUUGUGGCGGGCGGCGUGGCGGAGAAUUGAUGUGGAAGGUCCUGGCGAGGCUGACUGUUGUACUGCACCAGUAACAGGCAGUAUUUCCAACAGGGAUAGCUGGCUGGCUUUGUGUGCCCCACACUCAAACAGUUGGUCUGUACAGGGACAUUCACCACUCUGCUUCUCUGUCGCUCUGCAGUUCACACAACUCUCUCUGUCUCACGUCAGCACCUUUGGUAAGAUAACUGACUCCUUCCUUAUACGUUGUGGAACGGAACUUGACACAACCAGGAACCAGGGUUACGACUCACUCCUGUGAAAAUGGGGUGAAAUGUUGGUGAUUUUCCAGCAUUCCUUUUCUUAUUGAAGGAAUGUUUGGUAACAAAGCAUUCUCUGCAGGUCCGAGCACCUCUUAUUUUAUUUGGAGCUUGA